AUGGCAGCGGCCGAGCAGGGGAGCAAACGAAGGGUCCCGGAGGCGGCGGCGGGCGAGGAGCAGGGGGAGAACGAGAACGACGAGGAGGAGCGCUGGGUCGGGCCGCUCCCGGGGGAGGCCGCGCAGGCGAAGAAGAGGAGAGUUCUUGAAUUUGAACAUGUUUACCUUGAAAAUCUACCAUCUGCUUCAAUGUAUGAACGCAGUUACAUGCACAGAGAUGUCAUUACACACGUAGCAUGUACUAAGACAGAUUUUAUCAUAACAGCCAGUCAUGAUGGACAUGUAAAAUUCUGGAAAAAAAUAGAAGAAGGGAUUGAGUUUGUUAAACACUUCCGAAGUCAUCUGGGUGUUAUUGAGAGUAUUGCUGUUAGUUCAGAGGGAGCAUUGUUCUGUUCAGUUGGAGAUGACAAAGCAAUGAAAGUGUUUGAUGUAGUCAACUUUGACAUGAUCAACAUGCUGAAACUUGGCUACCACCCUGGCCAAUGUGAGUGGGUAUAUUGCCCUGGAGAUGCCAUAUCUUCUGUUGCAACAUCCGAGAAGAGCACAGGAAAAAUAUUCAUAUAUGAUGGCCGAGGAAAUAACCAGCCACUUCAUGUUUUUGAUAAACUCCAUAAUUCCUCACUUACUCAGAUACGGCUCAACCCUGUCUACAAAGUAGUUGUGUCUUCUGACAAGUCUGGGAUGAUCGAGUACUGGACUGGUACACCUCACGAAUAUAAAUUCCCCAAGAAUGUGAACUGGGAGUAUAAAACAGAUACUGAUCUAUAUGAAUUUGCUAAAUGCAAGGCUUACCCAUCCAGUAUAAGUUUUUCACCUGAUGGCAAGAAAAUGGCAACUCUCGGGUCUGACAGAAAAGUUAGAAUUUUUCGUUUUCUGACGGGGAAGCUCAUGAGAGUCUUUGACGAAUCUCUCAGUAUGUUUACUGAACUUCAGCAGAUGAGACAACAACUACCAGACAUGGAGUUUGGCCGACGUAUGGCAGUUGAGCGUGAGCUGGAGAAAGUGGAUGCUGUAAGAUUAAUAAAUAUAAUUUUUGAUGAAACUGGACACUUCGUUCUCUAUGGAACAAUGCUGGGCAUUAAGGUCAUAAACGUAGAGACUAACAGGUGUAUUCGUAUCUUGGGAAAACAAGAGAACAUCAGAAUGAUGCAACUAGCUUUAUUUCAAGGAGUGGCAAAGAAACAUCGUGCUGCAAUCACUAUAGAGAUGAAAGCAUCUGAAAAUCCUGUUCUCCAGAAUAUCCAGGCAGAUCCGACAGUAAUUUGCACAGCCUUUAAAAAAAAUAGGUUUUACAUGUUUACUAAACGUGAACCAGAAGAUACAAAGAGUGCAGAUUCUGACAGAGAUGUAUUUAAUGAGAAACCUUCUAAAGAAGAGGUCAUGGCAGCCACUCAGGCAGAAGGUCCCAAAAGAGUCUCAGAUAGUGCCAUCAUCCACACAAGCAUGGGAGAUAUUCAUAUCAAGCUUUUUCCUGUUGAGUGCCCCAAAACAGUGGAAAACUUCUGUGUGCACAGCAGAAAUGGCUAUUACAAUGGACACAUAAUUCACCGUAUCAUCAAGGGUUUCAUGAUUCAGACUGGUGACCCAACUGGUACAGGAAUGGGAGGUGAAAGUAUUUGGGGAGGAGAAUUUGAAGACGAGUUUCAUUCAACGUUACGACAUGACAGACCAUACACACUCAGCAUGGCUAAUGCAGGACCAAAUACCAAUGGAUCCCAGUUUUUUAUAACAGUAGUGCCAACUCCAUGGCUAGACAACAAGCACAGUGUGUUUGGACGGGUGACCAAAGGAAUGGAAGUUGUUCAGAGAAUCUCAAAUGUAAAAGUCAAUCCAAAAACUGACAAGCCCUAUGAGGAUAUCAGCAUCAUUAAUAUCACAGUGAAGUAAGGCAGGCCUUGAAGGUUUCACCUUAAACAAAAAAAAAAGAACGUAUGGGACCCAGAAAGGGACCUAGAAAGAACAAAAACCUUUUUAAUAAUUCUUAGGUGUAGUGAGUACCAGGACAGAGCAAUCACCAGUUCAGCAAUUUUUAAUGUACCUGAAGUGCCCUAAUUCUGUAUUUCUGAUAACUUUGUAUUUUAAAGUAAAAACACAUGCACGUUUCUUACGAACUCUACUGUCUUUCUUCAUCUUCCAUGCAAAACUAAAGAUAAAAACCCACACUGUGUCCCAUGAUAGUUUUUGUAACUUCAUCAGCUUUAUUUUUAAUUAAUUCUUUUUUUAAUACUUUAACAGUAUUGAAAGCUUUGACAGAGGAAAAUGUCAGAAAUCCUAAACUGCAUACUCUCAAUCCUAUGUCCAUGUAUCAAAAAUUCGAUUAAGUUAUGAUACUGUUUGCUAUGACAAGCAAACAGUGUGAUCUACCUCGAUUCUUUAAAACUGGGCUUGUCCAUGUCUUUCCUGUCCAAGGGCAGUGAUCAGCUCUUAGAAUGCCAGUGUAAAAAGUCCUGUGCAAUUUGUUUGGUGUUGCCAAUUUUUUUCUUU